AUGAAAGCGUGACGUGAAUACGUCGGCUUGCCAUACCGCGUCGAGAUAAUGUCGUUCGAGAAGAGAAACGUUGUUCGUUUAUAAAGCAUAGUAGGCAAAACGCCCCGUUAAUUAAUCACGGCACUGUUUGUUCGUGCAGUUGCCAGAAAAUGGAAGCGGGCUAUCAACCGACGCUAAGCCCAACGCGAACUUUGACAGCAAUAGCUAAUGACGUCGAAGACCCAUACCCAAGUUUGUCAGAUUAUCAUGAUUAUGAGCCUAACUUGGAGUUCGACGAUACUGAGUUACAGACUACUUCAAAUACUGCUGUACAGCUUUUAGAAGAAAAAUUGGAUUUAAUUAGCAGUGCCGCCGGUACCGGAAUUGAUUAUCUGGAGAGUCCAGUGAGCGAUGGCACAAUUGAAGAGAACUUUGAAGAAGCUUUGGUAGAUGCUCCAGUUAUCGAAUCCGCAGAGGACUUGGCUGCAUUGGAAGGUGAACUCGCAGACGAAGAAGAUUAUCUUGACAUAUCAAGAUACGGUAUUGUAGAAGUGGUUGGAGACGACAGUGCUGGUCGUAAAGUAAUUGUCGUAUCUGCAUGCAAAUUACCUCCCGUUGGAAAAGAAACAUUUAAUCAUGCUAAGUUCCUUAGGUAUCUUACACAUACUUUAGAUACGUUUGUGGAACAAGAUUAUAGCCUUGUUUAUUUUCACUAUGGUCUCACUUCGAAGAAUAAACCACCACUUUCCUGGUUAUGGCAAGCAUAUAAAGCUUUUGAUAGAAAGUAUAAAAAAAAUUUAAAAGCUUUAUAUUUAGUACACCCAACGUAUUUUAUUAGAUUCGUAUGGCAACUAUUCAAGCCAGUCAUUAGUGUGAAGUUUGGUCGUAAAAUGAUGUAUGUUAAUUAUUUGGAGGAACUAGCACAAUAUAUUAAUCUUGAUCAACUUAUUAUACCUCCUCAAGUAAUAGAACACAAUGAACAGCUAAUGUUAAAGAAUAAAAAAAAUUUACCCACGAGUCCACCUCAGAGUACGGUAACAACACCGGUUGGUACCACUCAGUUCGGAGCUAGUCUCCAUUUCAUAAAAGAAAACAGCAGUGGUGAUCCCAUACCACCAAUAGUACGGCAAUGUGUUGAAUUUCUUGAUACUCCUGAUGCAUUAGAAACAGAAGGGAUAUUUAGACGAUCGGCUAAUGUAGCAGUCAUUAAAGAACUACAAAGUCGUUGUAAUCAGGGGCUGCCUGUCAAUUUCCAUGGAGAUCCACAUAUAGCAGCGGUUCUUCUUAAAACAUUUCUGCGUGAAUUAGAUGAACCACUUAUGACAUACGAAUUAUAUGACGAAAUAACACAAUUUCAAACUGUGUCGAAAGAUGAACGUCCAAGAAAAGUCAAGAUAUUAGUUCUUGAGAAACUUCCAGAGGACAACUACCAAGUUUUAAAGUACAUUGUACAAUUUUUAUCAAGGGUAAUGGAUAGAUGUGAUUUAAACAAAAUGACAUCCAGUAAUCUUGCUGUUGUAUUUGGUCCAAAUCUUGUCAGAGCACCACCGUCGCGUGGAAUGUCACUUUCUGCAAUAGGUCCUAUUAAUCAAUUCAUAGAUUUUCUAUUCACUCACCAGGAUACAAUAUUUAUUAUUUAAAGGGAUUAUAGAAGCAAAUGUUG